CGGCCAGCUGAUCUACACGCACAGUCGGGAGCGCAGCGAGUUCUGGUCCGCCCUGCUCGAGAAGGCCUACGCCAAGAUCAACACCUCAUACGAGUCGCUGGACGGCGGAAACCUGUGCGAUGCGCUCGUGGACUUCACCUCAGGUGUGUCCGUCACCAUUGACCUGGUGGAGGGCGGCUACCGCUCCGACGAGGCCAAGAAGACGCAGCUCUUCAAGCAGCUGCGCCGCGAAAUGGACGACUAUGCGUUGAUGUGCGCUGCUGUUGCGGCGCGCAACCGAGAGGAGGUCGAGCAGCGUACCGAGAUGGGCCUGGUCAAGGGCCACGCCUACGGAAUCACCGCCAUCAAGAAGGUCCCCAUCGGCAACACCACACUCGUCAACUUCUUCACGGGCCGCGAGAAGAUCUACAUGGUGCGCCUGCGGAACCCGUGGGGCGAGAAGGAGUGGAGCGGCGCCUUCAGCGACGGGGCGGAGGGCGCCGGGCAUGACUAUGUGUACCCGACACAGAGCCUGUCUCACAUGCUGUCGAGAUUCGUAGCCCGAACGAACAAGAACCACUGGAGAUCGCCAGAGUGGUCCAAGAUCAGCGACUCUGAGCGGGAAAAGAUCGGCCUGACCUUCGAUAACGAUGGAGAAUUCUGGAUGACGUUUGACGACUUCGUGGCCAACUUCACGGACGUCUCCGUGUGCCAGCUGAUCAACACGUCGUUCUUCUCGUUCUCCAAGACGUGGGUGGAGGAGCGGUCGUUCGGCAUGUGGGCGGCGGGCGCUCGCGGCACCCUAGAGCGGGCUGGUGGCUGCCUCAACAACCGCUCCACCUUCCUGCACAACCCGCAGUACCGCUUCGACGUGGACUCCGAGGUGGAGGAGGUGAUCGUGCAGCUGAGUCAGAAGGACCAGCGCGAGAGGAAGCACGAGGGCGCGCUCAACCUCUGCAUCGGUUUCCAUAUUAUGAAGGUGGAGAUGAACCGCAAGUACCGCGUGCACCGGAUACAGGAGUCGGCCGCCACCUCGGACUAUAUCCGGUCGCGCAGCAUCUUCUGGCGGGACCAGCUGCCGCGCGGCCGCUACGUGCUCGUGCCGACCACCUUCUCGCCGGGCGAGGGCGGCGAGUUUCUGCUGCGCCUCUUCAUGGGCAGCAGUCCCGAGUUGCAUGAGCUGCUGAAGGACCAGCCGAAGCCGAGCAUCUGCCCGUGCUUCACGCCCCCCGCCGGCGUCGUGGUGGUGAAGGUGGUCAGCGCCACCGGACUGGAGAAGCAGGACUCGCUGGGCUCGGCGGACCCGUACGUGCUCAUCAGGUGCGGCAGGACGAAGGUCACCUCCCCUGCAGUCAAGGAGACGCUGAACCCCACCUGGAACUGCAAAGCCGUCUUCUACCGGAAGGCAAACGAGCCGAUCAAAGUCCAGGUGUGGAACAGCUGUCUGCUGAAGGACCGCUUCAUGGGCCAAGCCACGCUGCUGGCCGAGAACUCGCCCGGCAAUGUGGUGGAGUACGAGCUGAACCUGUUCGGCAAGACCCGCGCCGACGCUACUGAGCGGCGGCCCGGCAAGCUGGCCGUGGAGGUGAUCGCCGACAGUGACAUGGCUGCCGUGUGAGCGGCCGCCGACCGCCAGCGGUGCCGCUCGGCGCCAGCCUCUCACGGCCGCAGACUUGCCUGCGCUGGCAGGGGCCUCUGCUACUGGCGUUGCCAGCGGCAUCACAACAGCGCGCUUUGUUCCUCCGCGGCGCGCCUGGCGGCGUGCGCUUGCUUGGCUGAGCUGACUACUCUGUACCCACCGGAUUCAUGUGAUUGGUCAGGGCGAGAUGCUGCAGUGGCUUGCGCAGUCCAGGGAGCCGUUCAGCAGUGACCGUGCCUUUUACACGGGUAUCUCUUCAGCAGUCCGCGCUGUGACAGCUUCUGCAAUUGGUCGUUUUGCGGUCGAGUGGGUAUUUUAUUUUUUACCUAAGCUUUCGUCAUCAGGCUCGCAUCCUGCGGCACGGUUUUACUUUUCGUGGGAGGGACUUCGACUGCACCUUGCAGCUUGAACCAACCCACAUGUGCCGUUAUUUUUCUAGUGAAACUCAGCAACGACAGCCAGUACGCUUCAUGCUGUUGUUACAGUUUUCGUUGGCAGUCUGGAGAAAAAGUGUCUUUCUCGCCAAGACCGUUGUUCUGUACUGCUGUAGCACAAGGUGUGUCGUGAUUUGCCCGCUACACACGACGUCUUGGGAGAGUUUAAAACUUCCCGAGACUUCGGCGGCGUUUUGUAUUGCAGUGCGUUCGUUGGAGUUUGAAAUCUUAUUUUAGACCGACACGUUUGCAGUGAGUAAAUGGAUCAGCCUCGUUGACCAGAAAUUAUUUGGCACGCAGGUACAUUUUAUACAGUGUUGGGCGGCCUGUGCGGCGUUGUUGUGCUGAUCUUGUGUUGUACGUGCUCCGUCUGCUGAAGAACGUUAAUCACAACACACUUCCAUUCAGUGAGGGCUGCCGCCUUCCUGUAUGAUGACACGUUUUAAAGCUUUUUACAUCUGGGUUUUGUAUUGGUUACCAGAUAGUGCUGUGCUUUUGCAAUGAUUUAUGUAGAGUAUUUUCCAUAAGGUUGCUUUCAGUCUGUUUAUUAUGCGCCGGGUGAUGAUCAGGUAUCUGGAGCACACGUGUUUGGGGUUGCACAAAUGAUAAUAUCCUGCACAAACAACAAAGGCUUCGCAAGCCUAACAUGCAUUGAGUGGUAUUUGCGCGUUGUUGUGUUUUGGACUGAGCAUAUUUUCCUGAAGAGCAUGCUAAUCAUUAUCAUAAUGACUCGGAUUCUUUAUCCGCACGCCUUUUCUGGCGCGCUUCUGGAUCAUCUUAUGUGCGCCUCCGCAGGUGCUGACAUGGCUCUACCGCCCUCUCAGCGUCAUGUGAGACUCGCGCUCUGCCGUGGAUGUAGGUAUUGGCAACAGCCCGGUAUGCUGCGCCGGCAGUGACGCGCAUACCUUUAGGAUUGUUGUAAAUAAAACCUAAAAGGAAUGGA